UUAUUAUAGAUUUUUAUUCGGUGAAUUGUUAUGGUCCCGUCGCUCCCGUAUCAUCACGCCAUCCUUCCAAUUCAUACUUUGACUGUAUUUGAUCAUAGCAUUUUCACUGUUAACUUGGUCAUAAAAUCAGGACAGAUACAUAAUUUAAAUAAAAAAAAAAAAUCCUCCUGUCUUUUCCAUUUUUGGAUCGAAAAUAUCUAUUCAUCUCUUCUCUUCCAAGGCAGAGUAUAUGGUAACAGUAUAACCCUCCAGCCCACAGGUUCCUCAAAUUUUCUUUGAGAAUUCUGUCAUUGUCAAAACCUCAAAGUAAUCGGAAGCUAUGGCGGUUGAGAAAUACGAAAUCGCUAAAGAUGUAACUGAACUAAUUGGCAAAACUCCUUUGGUAUAUCUCAACCAUGUUGUGGAUGGUUGCGUUGCUCGUAUUGCUGCUAAACUGGAAAUGAUGGAGCCAUGCUCUAGCGUCAAAGACAGGAUUGGUUACAGCAUGAUCUCAGAUGCGGAGGCCAAAGGCCUACUCACUCCAGGACAGAGUGUUUUGAUUGAGGCCACUAGUGGAAAUACUGGGAUAGGAUUAGCAUUCAUGGCAGCUGCCAAAGGAUAUAGGCUUAUUAUCACGAUGCCUGCAUCUAUGAGUCUUGAGAGGAGGAUUAUUCUCCGUGCUUUUGGAGCCGAAUUGGUUCUUACUGAUCCUGCUAAGGGCAUGAAAGGGGCUGUUCAGAAGGCUGAAGAGAUUUUGGCCAAGACACCCAAUGCUUAUAUGCUCCAGCAGUUUGAAAAUGGUGCCAAUCCAAAGAUACAUUAUGAGACUACUGGACCAGAAAUAUGGAAAGGAUCAGGAGGAAAAGUUGAUGCUUUUGUUUCAGGGAUUGGUACUGGGGGAACCAUAACAGGUGCUGGGAAAUACCUAAAAGAGCAGAAUCCUAACAUUAAGUUGUAUGGUGUGGAACCAGUUGAAAGCGCUGUUUUAUCUGGAGGAAAACCUGGUCCGCAUAAGAUCCAAGGAAUAGGUGCUGGCUUCAUCCCAGGAGUUCUGGAAGUUGAUAUCAUUGAUGAAGUUGUUCAAGUAUCAAGUGAUGAAGCAAUUGAAACUGCAAAGCUUCUUGCACUAAAAGAAGGUUUGCUUGUGGGAAUAUCUUCUGGUGCUGCCACUGCUGCUGCAGUUAAGCUUGCAAAGAGGCCAGAGAAUGCUGGAAAACUUAUUGUUGUGAUUUUUCCAAGCUUUGGAGAGAGGUACCUGUCCUCCGUGCUUUUUGAGUCGGUCAGACGAGAGGCUGAAAGCAUGACAUUUGAGCCCUGAGCUAUUCACUGGUGUUAAGCUAGUUUCAAAUUGAUGCAGUGUUUCAGUUGGUACAAGACAGAAGUUCAGUUACUUCUGCUCAUAAUAUUAGCUUAGACCUAAAAAUUUGUAGGAUUUCUUUCCUCGAAACAGCAUUUUAAUGCCUUAUAUCUUAUGUUUGCUAUGGUUUGUUAAUUAAGCAGCGAGUUCCUCGCGUUAUUUUCACAAAUGUAUUGCAAUUAUUUGUAAUGUUUCUAAUAUUUAUAAUUACAUAAUAAUAAAUAACUUUUUGUGUUCUCGAGAAUGAAA